UGGUGGUGAAUGACAUUUUUCGUAUGUGUGUUAAAUUUUUUUUUGAUAAAUGUGUUGUUCUUAUCAAGUCGAAAGUUCAAUGGUUUUUUAAUUACACAAAAAAAAAAUAUAUAUGAAAUCAACUAAACAAAUAUUGUAUUAAAACUAAUUGUGAAAAAAUGUCAAAAAACGUAAAAAGUGUCGAAUCCACUGGAACAAUAUUACUUUGCGAAUAUUGUACUAACCUCAAAUUUAAACAAGUUCAAGAUUUUGUUCGUCAUCUUCGUGAUCAACAUUGUUCACGUGAAGGUGGAUCAUUUGUUUGUCGUUAUGGUUAUAAUGGUGUUUGUUCGAGUCUUCCGGUUGAAGGUGUUUCCGAUAAAGAUUAUUUUGUUCAUGCAACAAAACACGUGACAAUGCAACAACAACAACAACAACAAUAUCAAAAUAAAAAAACAAAUGGCCAAUUAAUGGAAAUUAAAUCAUUAUCAUCAUCCUCGUCAUCAUCAUUAUCGUCAACAUCAUCGUCAACAUGGUCAAUUUAUUCGGCAGCACAAAAUUUACCUGCCGUAUUAAAUGAUCCAAAUCGUGGUAAACAGAGUAAUUUUCUCACAAAAACAUGGGGCGAUUCGUUUAUUGAAAAAAUUGAUAUUCCAAAAAGUCCAUUUUUACCCGAUGUUACGAUGCAACAUUUUGAGCUUUAUUUGAAAAAAAUUGCACGGCGAUAUAGAAAACAUUCGCGUAUGAAUUCAAAUCUCAAUCGUUCAACAUCACCAAAUGAAUUGUUGCAAAAUUUUCCCAAUUUACGAAAAACGAAAGGUCUCGCCAAUAAUGGACCAACAGAGCGAACGCAAUUUGACGUUGCGAAUAUUCCAAAAAUAUUUUUAAGUCCACAUCUUGAUUUGUCGAAACGAGAAAAUUUCGACGCAGUAUUUUCAUUUGCAAAAGAUGGUUUAUUUGAUCAAAGUGGAAACGUCAGCAAUCAGGCUAAAGUAAUACAAGAACAGUUGACACAAUAUUUAGACACAGUUGAAGUGAGAAUAGCCGAACAAGUUGCAUCGAAAUCGCAGGCAUUUUUUCAUGCAAUGACCUCACACGAUGCACUAAUGGAACAAUUAACACAAACAAUAACUGUUUUAAAAGCGUUAAGAAAAAAUAUUCAUCAAAUUGAUGAUAAUUUGGUGAAAAGUUCCUUUCAAAUUUUAAGAUUAGAACAGGCGCGAUCAAAUCAUCAGCAAGUGCAGGAAAAAUUGAAAUUAAUGGCAACUGUUCAUCAAAGUCAACCAAUGAUACAAUUAUUACUUUCAACGCCUGAUUACGUGGCUGCUCUUGAUCUCAUUACAACAACUCAGGAAAUUUUAUUACAGGAAUUGAAUGGCGUUCAUAGUUUCAGACAUUUAGGAUCACAAUUAAGUGAAAUGGAAAAAUUAGUCGAUAAAAUGUUGUCAACUGAAUUUGAACGAUAUGCAACGGCGGAUUUAAAUAGACCUUUAGGAGGAGAUAAUACCGUCUUAGAUGGGGACAAACUUGUUUCAAUUAUUUCGGGUUUAUUGCGUCAAAAACAUUUGCAAUUUGUCGAUACUUAUAAAGAAGAAUCAGUGACUGCAGUGAGAGCAGUGACAAAACAAAGAAUUAUUGAGGCAUUAGCGGCAAGUGAUUGUUGCAGUGAUCAACAAGCAGCAGCAUUGGAAGUUGGUGGUUUAUCUCUUGCCGAGAGACUUACACUUUUAUAUAAUACAAUUCAAUCUCUCACAUAUCUUCUUCAUCGAAUCAAGGCCGUACACAGUGUAAUGCAAGAAACGGCGGAUUUAUCAUCGGGACGAUUACCCGAUGGUUCAAUGGAUAAUUCGUUAACUGAUUAUUUAUUAUCCGAGGAGGAAUAUAAUCGAAUUACUAAUAAAUUAACCGAUAUGUUAACGUCAAUUUGUGAUUAUUGUCAUGAGCGUUUGGGAAAUUUAUUAUCGGCAAGUCCAAUUGAAAAGGAAAUAACAACAACAACAACAAGUAAUAAUAAUGGUGAUAAUAUAAUGACAAAAUUAUCCGAAAAAGAAAGUCCAUCAUGGGGUGAAAAAUCAUCGUGGUUGGGCGAUCGUGCAACGGCCGCUCAAGUUUGUCGUCUUGCAAAUAUGGUCGAUGGAUUUACUGAAACUUGUGAGAAAAUUUGCGGUAAACAAUCGACGGCACUGCGCUCUGCAUUUCGCGCACAAGCAAGUAAAUUUGUUCAACGUUUUCACAAUGAGAGAAAAACAAAAUUAAACCUUCUACUUGAAACCGAAAGAUGGAAACACGCCGAUGUACCAAUUGAAUUUCAAUCACUCAUCACAUUUAUUUAUGAGAAUAAAUAUUUUCCCGAUAAUUUUAAAAUAGAAAAAAAAAUGUCCAAUGAAAAUUCAACAAAUUUCAUUUUAAUUGGAGAUGAAAAAUUUGCUGUCGUUGGCGCUGCACUUAUUCUCAUUCAAAUAAUUCACGAAUAUUGCAGAACCGCGAGUGAAUUGACGACUCUUUCGGGAACAAUUGGACGACAAUUGGCGGAAUUAUUGCGGCAUUAUAAUUCACGUUGUUGUCAAUUGGUUUUGGGAGCUGGUGCAAUGAAAGUCGCUGGAUUGAAAACAAUUACGAGUACAAUUCUCGUUCUUGCUGCACGAAGUUUGCGUCUCAUUAUUUGGAUAAUGCCAUUUGUCAAGGCACAUUUUCAAGGUUUGGCGGAAUUGAGUACAAAUCGUUCGAUUGUUGGAAUUUCCGGUGUUACUGGCGGUGUUGCAUUAUUGGACACUGUCGAACGCGAUAUUCGAUCACACGUCCAUGAAAUUGAUACGAAAAUUCUUACAAUUGUGGAUAAUCUUCUUACAAGUCAUAUUUCAAAUUGGACAGCAAAACCUCCAGUUCCAUCGCAAUCAUUUAGAACCAUUUCCAAACAUUUGGCGAAAUUACAUGAAGCUGUUUCCGGUAUUUUGCCACCAGCUGAAGUUCAAUUAUUAUAUCGUACAGUUAAUAUUUCAUUUAAGGAGAAAUUACGUGAACAACUUAUAAAAAUGAAUAUUGUCAAUAAUGGUGGUCCGCAACAUGGUGUUGUAACAUCUGAAUUGACAUUUUAUUUAGAGGCAUUGAGAAAUCUUAAAGUUUUACCAAUUGAGGAAUUAAAUGACACAUGGUUAAAUGAUAUUUGGUCGAGAUAACAUGCAGAGCGUGUGGUUUAUUGUAUUUUAGAAGCGGUCAAAUUUUAUCGAAAAAGAUGACUAAAAUUUUUUUCGUAUUAAUGGAAAAAAAUUAUUGUAAUAAUACAUGAUUUUUCUUUUUUUCUAUAAUAAUAUAGGAAAAUUAUUAUGGUUAUUAGGUAAUUUUUACGCUUUCUUAAAUUGAAAAUAAAAAUUUAGUUAAAGAAA